CUUGACAUUGGUGCACGUACAAAUUGGAUGUCUACUUUCUGCAUUAUUUUGUCUCGAUGUGUUGUGUCUCUAUGAACAAUAUGUGGCUUCUCUGCAUUUUUACGUUCAUGCGAAAGCCACAAAGGCGCUGUUACUUCGUUUCGAAAAGGAGCAGCUGUUUGCAGACGGGCAGAGCGGCGUGAGGCACGCCCAUGAAGAAAGUCCAACCGAGUUCUUCCACGCCACAUCGUCCGUGGCUCAGAGCGGAGUGCUUAUCAAUCAUGACGGAGAACCAUCCCAACAAUUCUUGUCCCAGCACCCGGAGGUGUUCGUGGUUUCGCUCGCUGCAGAGGCAGGGGGAGAGCUUGAUGCCGAAGGUGACAAUGAAAAUUAUACUCCGUCGGCAGGCGGACGUGGAGGAGCUGGAGCAGCGCCAGGACUACAACAUGCAACUACCGAUCCCGCGGUGCAAGAGUAUGCCUACUACAAAACGCUUCUCGAAGCGGCCACUGCCUACGUCUUCAAUGCCUUCCACCGGGAAGGGGAAGAGAAUGCGGUUUUCCAGGGAACCACGUACGCCUACUCAAAAGCGGUUCCAAUCCACACGGAAGAAGAACUGCAGCAGCAACUACGAGCACACCGGCACCACGGCGGUCGUGGAGGUGGUGAACACGGAAGAUCCUUGUCCCCAGCAGAUGAUUGGGGCGAGCUCCGGCACAAAUUUGUUCUUAGCCAACAGUCGCCAAACCGGGGCCAGAAUAGGACGCAAGUGGAAGACGUGGAGGAUGUUUUGCAAAGUUCUGUCAGGCACAAGUUCAUCUUUCCCAAAUUCGUUGGCGUCUUGCCCGUCUACACAGCGAGCUGCGGGAUAGAAACUUCAGCUGGUGGUGCUAGUGGCACGACAAGGACAACUUCUAGUACCGAGAUGAAUUCUGACCAGCGGCAAGAAGAUCAAGUAGACCCGGUACUCGCAGAGCACUUACGGAAGAAACUCCACCACCUACUCAAAUUCUUCGCCGACAUGUACAAUAUGCACUUUUACCUCAGCGUGGACGUAAAGCCCGCGCUAGAAAUAACAAAAUCCUCUUCCUUUGAAGAAGUGCCACUGCCAUCAGAAGUACUAUCAACAUUCUCCUGCCCGACAGCGACCACGAACCGCAACACGAAACUCUGGCAAGCGAUUCGCCUCGUCGACGCCACCGACUUGGUCCGGUCUGGGAAAACCUUUGGGUUUUUGGCGGUGCAGAAGAAAAUAGGGGAUAUCAGAAAUUUAGGAAGAGAGAUACAAGAUUCUCUGACCACCCAAAACCCGUUUCUCCGCAAUGGGCAGGGCGCAAUAAAGAAGCACCUUUACGACUACAG